CGCCAUGACAGAAAGCGGGAAACCAACAACAAGCAACAUCGUCGUCGCUCAACCGGGAGAGAGAAAGAGAGGGAAACAAACGGCGAAAUUUUCCUGCUUGCAAAUGACCAUUCGUGGGGAAAGCAAGUCGCCCAAACCUCGCUGAAAGUCCGACGGUUUCGAUCGCGUGAAAUGGAGUCGUGUGGCGACGGUUAUUAGCGCGGGGAGAGGCCAUUUUUCUUGAGGGAUGAGGAGGAGGCGAGAGAACGACUCCAGCGCCGCCAUGUUGGCUUCCCUCCUUCGCCGCGUCGUCGUUUCUUCGCUGAGGUUGAGAUGGAAUUUCCGAUGACUGUCGCUUGAAGCAACUGUCUGAUUACAGAUAUCACAAUGGCGAGUGGUUUGUUGUCGUUGAAGUGGAACAACCACCGAAGUACCUUUUUCCAUGUCCUCUCCACUGUCAGGAGUAAGGAGUCUUACUGUGAUGUCACUUUAGCCUGUGAUGGAAAGUUUUACCCUGUUCAUAAGUUGGUGUUAUCAACAUGUAGUGACUAUUUUGAAAGGAUGUUUGAAAGGACCAAUUGCAAACAUCCAAUAAUAGUGUUGAAAGACAUCCGGCACGAAGAGCUGGAGGCCCUUUUAAAUUAUAUGUAUGUAGGUGAAGUGAAUGUUUUGCAAAAUGAACUAGCGGGACUUAUUAAAGCGGCCGAGUGUUUGAUGAUUAAAGGCCUUGCUGUACCUGACGAAGCCCCGUCUCAAACUAAAGAGAGCAAACGGACUUAUCAUAGCAGUGGUGAUAGCCCUCACGCGAAAAGAAGAAAGAGAGACGAUGACGGGAGAUUAUCCUCCCACAAUCAACAUUUACAUAGAGAAGGCAGGGAAGUUAGCCAUUCUCAAAGACAUUCAUCGAGUGCCUCUACGUCCACCCCUUCGUCAGUAGGUCGAGUAGUUCCCCCUUCCAGUUCUCCUUCUCCGUCUGUGGGAAGUGCCUCAGAUGCUGUGUCUGAGGAGUGUAGUCAGAGCCAAAGUGAGACUAAUGAAGCUCAAGAAACGUCAAAGCACCCUGGUGGUGAACCAUCUAGUCAAAGCAAACAGUCAGUACCUGAGGUUAUAUUAGACGAACCUGCAGUUAAAGAAGAACCUGCAGAAAUUGAAGAGGAGGUUACGGAUUCUAAAGAGGAUGUUGUGUCUCAAUUUCAUUUUGAUCCUUUGCAAGAGGGCGAUUCUCGAAGUGAUCCAGGAGGGGGUGGUAGUGGUGGUUAUGACUCUCAGAUGUUAACCUCCCAAUCUCAGUCCAUGGAAGAUUUAGUAGCUGAAGCACUUCCAGGUUCCUCUGGUUUACAGGGGAACUCCCUCUGGGAGGGUGAAGGAAGUCUACAGGGCUUUCCUAUGGAGGGCUACAGUGGAGAAGGGACACGACCUCCUCAGAUGGGACAACAGCAGCCGCAGAGAGUGGUUGGUGCUGCGCUACCAAUACGACUCCACCGCAAUUAUUUGAUGCCUUCAUCAUCAUCAUCACUCUCACGCACAAGUCUUGUAUCUCAGCUUGACUCCAAAGAUGGAGCUGCAUCAUCAUCUUUGUCAGGAGCAUUGCAAGAUUCUGAUUCUCUUGCAAACAUCUCUGAUAAUCUGGUUGGAGUGCUUUCGGUGUCCCAGCCCACUUACUCCUGUCCGUUUUGUCAGAAACCUUUCAGUCAUAAGGGAAACUUCCGAAAGCACGUCAGAAUCCACACGGGAGAGAAACCGUUUGCUUGUUCGUUCUGCCCCUAUCGUGCCAAUCAGAAAGUUCUUCUGCAGCUUCACCAACAAAAGAGGCAUUCUGAGCGAAACUGGCACGACUCCAAAAAGGAACUGUCUCACUGAGGUUUAUUUGACAUUCUGUUAUUACUAGCCAGGGAUUGUGAAGUAUGUCGGGUUUACUGCCAUUUUCUUUUUGCCAAAGUGUAACCAGUUGUUAAUUUCUGGAACUGAUUAGUUUGUGGAAUGCAUUUGGUGGGUGAUUUACAGAUAAUGGUUUUGUUUGUGUUCAUAGUUCCUUUAUGAAGGCCGUAACUUAUCUUGUCAGUGUUUUGAUGAGUAAACCUCGGGUGGAUUUUGUAUGGCUUUUCAAGCAGUGAUCUUGAACUUCUUUUUGUCACAGGUUUUAUAAGAGGUUUUUAGAGGCUUAUCUUCUUCUGCUUUUGGAUUUUACAUUUCACCCACUGAUACUGAAAGUUUAGGAGAGCUUCAUCAGUUGAGGGUUUCAGUGCCAGCAUGUGAUGCUGUUUACUUUUGACCCUCUGAUUCUUGGGUAAAACUGAAGUUGAAUAUAUGUUCCUAGGGAAAUCUUUUUCCUUUUGUUGUAUAGUAGUACUAUGUAUAGGGUACAGUUUAAACUUUCCUGAUGGUAAGUGGCCUAGAUUUUUAAAAGGAGCUAACAAUUAACAAGCAGGAUAUCCCAUAUAUGUUAUCUCAGAGUUUCAGAAUUAUCCACCGUUACUUAAAUAAAAAUCGUAAUGAGGCAGCUAUAAGGGAAAGGAUGUCUUAUUUGUAAGAGGACAGUAAUUUGUAAACGUUAGCCUACAGUGGGCCCCCCAUAUUACGGAUUUCUCUCUGAACAAUAUCUACCCAUUAUUUGCAGGAAAUUUGUUUAUUCGCAGUAUUUUUCUUUGAGAAAUAACCAGAUUUUUUUUUUUUUUUUAAUCAGUUUCAUCAUGCAUUUUUUGUGAUAACACUUUUUUGAGUUUUACCUACCAGAAUAGGCUGUUUUUAGCAUUUUUAUUGGGGCUCCAACUAUUUGCGGAUUCUAAACAUUUGCAUGUCUCCCAUGCAUCCCCCACGAAUAAGGGGGGACCAUUGUAGUUUAGUCCCAUGUCUAUUCCAUGCAGUUCUCUGCGUAUCUUUGUACUGUAUAAUGAAAUUUGUUACAUAUGUCUCUUUUUUUCUUGUAGGAAUAUAAAUAUUUGAACAUGAAGAAUUUCUACCGUUUAUUGUUGAAUUGAUUUCUAUUACGUACUACGUAAUUGCAUAACUUCAUCUGAAUAGUUGGGUUAGUGUUUCAAAUGGAAUUCUGUACACUGUAUUUGUAUUAUGAACCCGAAUGCGAUUAACUUUGUUCUUUAUAAUAAGGUAUUUUAAAUUGCUAUGUUAUUGUGGUAUUGUACGUCUUCAGGUAUAGGCAACUUGGUCAUUUUUCCAAUAUCUACGUAUCAGGAAUUCAUUACAACAGUACUUUUGAAUAAUUUGAAAUUAAACAAAACUACUGACGGCAUAUACUUAUUAAAGGUGUCAUAUAGUCUCCAGUCGUGCUCACAUGCUUGCAGUUUGAUGUUAUAACCCCCCUUUUUAUGUUCCAUUCCUAAAUUUUCAAAAUCAUAAAAAAAAACUUAUCAUUCCAUUUAUUUUAUAAUAAUUAAAGUAAUGGACAUUUCUUCCUACACAUACACUAUCUUCACUCUUUAGGCAGCAAAAGACAGAUGUCUGUCUCAGUCACGGCCAAAAAAGUAGAGUGAAUGCCUACCGACUGGAUGGAGGGGAUUCCUCCCCUUCUGUUGAUAGCCAAGUACCAGUAUCCACCUUGUUAAACGAACGGCUCCAGCAUGCGCCGAAAGUAAAUCCCAUAUAUAGGCAGUCCCCGGUUAUCGGCGGGGUUCCAUUUCUGGGGGUGUGCUGAUGAGUGAAAACCACCAUUAAUUGAAACAAUGAUUUAUGGUGCCAAUAAGCAGUUAUUGGCACCAUAAGCAACCUUAUGGCAUCAUAAGCAUCCUUAUGGCGCUGAUAACCGGAACUCGGCCCAUAAUGGCACCAUAAAUCGCCGAUUUUAUGGUACUAGAGAAGCCCCAUAAAACUGGAUCGCUGAUAACUGGGGACUGCCUGUAUAAAGACCUCAGUUUUGUAUGUCAGGAAAGAUACCAGUUACUUUAAAAAUAUGUCAUUUUUGUUAAUCAUUUAGUGAAUACACAAAGUUUUACAAUAACUGUAAGUAUUAUUGCAAUCAUUAUUGCUUGUAAAUAUGUAAAAGAAUAAAUUAAUAGCGUUGUAAUUUCUUCAUAGUUGUUUGAUAAAACCUGGAAACUGAAAGUGAGUGUCCCCUUAUGGUGUUUUUAGUGGUUUCAAAGUUACAGCAAACAUUUUGCUGGAAAGGCUUUAGGAGUUAUGUAGACUCGUGUAUCUAGAUGAAUUUGUAUUAAUAUAGUGUUGUAAGAAAAUGUGAAUAUUCCUUUUCAAAUUUAGUCGUCUCAUUCCAGGAAUACAAACAGUCGAGUUUUUAAUUGUCCUUCCUACUAACGUUGGAAUGUUAGACCAUUUCCUGAGUUUGUUCUGCUUUGUUAUUGUUUAUAAACAAGCACAUGUGGCAGCUCCAGAAAGGACCAACCCAUUUUGCUAUUGCGCCUAUUCUUUUUUGGCCCUCUGGAGAAGAGGGCAGUGAUGGUUUCUUAAUUUCACAGUGAACAGGAAUAUUGAAGCAUCGUAGACAAACGGGCAAAGUCUUAUUGGAGAAAUUUUAAGCAUUAAAGGUGGUGGCCAUGGGUGGUCUUGCAAGGGCCCACUGUCAUUUUCCAAAAAAGAAUGAGAUCAUAAAUGCCAAGUAUUGAUGUGCGCCUACUUAUUGCUAAUUUGUAUACCUACUACGUAAGUUAAUCAUAUGUAACAAAUGAUGAGGAUCAUAUUAGGCACCAGAAGACUAGAAAUAUGAGUAACCUAGAUUUCCAGUUAAGUUACUUCAUGGGAAGAAUUUGUUUAUGGAUGAGAACAGAUGUACAUACUACCUCAUUCCAAGUAAGACCUUAGAAGAGGGUUUAAAAGUAUUUGAAAUAGACAGAGGAGUUCUCUUAAUGGGCACAGGUCCUACAGGCACUUGGCUGACUGAACUUUACCUUUCGUCAUCAGUAAAAAAUUGGUGAUGUUUGGAUGACGUUUAAUGCAUGCUCUAUAAGUGUGGUACAGGCAUUCCCUGGUUAUCGCUUGUCCAGCGACGGAAAUAGGCAAUGUUCGGUGCUGAUAUCCGCUUAUCAGUGCUGAUAAUCAGGCAUUUGUGCCAAUGUCCGGAUAACGCACCAACAUCUGGUUAUUGGCACCGGUAAGCGCAGUUUCGCUUAUUGGCAAUUUUCGCUCAUCUUUAUGCUGUCAGAAUGGAACCCCCACCAAUAACUUGGUACUGCCUUCAAUUAGUCAGGAUUAACAGUGGAAUCAGGGAAACAACAUGUCUUCAUGAACAAAAUUGUUUAUGAAUGUCUAAGAGGAAGGGAGGGGCAGGGGGCGAAUACUGCAUAGAGGUGCGAAAUCAGUUUGAUGUCAGCUCAUUAAGAGAGAAUGGUUGAACAUUUAAAGACAAAUGAAUAGGUUAUUGAUCAUGAUGUCAAACUUUCCUGAUCUCCAGGUUUGUUUGUGAUAAAUGGGAACAAUAGGUGAAGUUCUCAGAAUAAGUCUUUUCAGUGGCUAUAUACUACUUGUUGUAGAAAGUUUUCUCUGUCUUCCUUAUGAUAGCUUAUUCUUGGGUACUACAAUUGACAGAAGCGUUCCAAUGCC